AUGCCAGGAAAUAACUCCAAGAAAACUAGUGAGAAGAGAGAUUCUGUCCACAGACAAAAUCAGCAGCAACAACAACAACAACAACAAAGAAAGAUGACAAGUGGAGCAGGAGGAAGUGCAGGAAUAGCCAAAAAAGACGUAUCAUUGACACACAAUACAAGUAGCAAUAAUAACAAUUUGUCGUCCUCGCAAGCACCACUGCCUGCAAAUAAUAACACUACUACCACUACAAUGCAUAAGUUGACACCAAAAGCACAACAAGCAGCUGGAGCAGCUAUUUUAUUAGCUGUGAAUUCCACUCAACCUUCUUCUGCAGAACCACCUACAGCAGCUGUUGGCUUAAAUGGAUUUAAUCGAGGAGAAGUUUCUGCAUUCUUAAAUAUGCGUUAUUCUGAUGCUUUAACGGCCUCUCAUGAUACCAAUCUGGAUCCGUCAGUCAGACCUGAAAAAUACGAGAGUAAAACAACAACAACAGCAUCUUUCACAACGACAGCAGACACAGCACAACAGUUACCGGCAACGACAACAACCUUUGCUUGGGGAAAGCAACAUCAUCAUCCAACUCAUAUAUCACCUUGGGGUCAACAACAAGCACAACAGCAACUGCAGCAGCAACAAACACAGCCUAAAGGAGAAGCUCGAAUGGGAACUAUGGCAAAUGGAGCAGACUUCCUAACAGAGUUAUCAGCCAAAUUAAAAUAAACGAUACGUCAUCCUUUCAAAUCAGUU